UGACCAGUUACAACUUUCUCAUAUCAGCAAAAUAUCAGAUAUUGGGUUGUAUUUUAUGCUCUCUAUAGUAGUUGAGCUAUUGUAAGACACAAAGUAAUAUAUAUGGUAAACGCGGAUAGUACUGCAAGUGAUACGACUAUAUUGAAUAGCAUUUUAAGCACACCAAGGAAAUAUAGUGUUAGUACUGAAUCGAACACUUCUUAAAAAUCAUCUGUGCUACAAUACUGCGACAUCGAUUAAGCCGACAUCAUGUUUACCUUGAGGUUGAGAUGCUCCCCCCUGGCGGCUUGCGUGAAUACUGGUGGCCAUGUUGGGCAAGCAUCUAGACCGCAGGCUCGUCACAUGAGCAUGGUGAAGAAUUUCCUAAAUAGCAUCAAAAAGGGAGCAGAAGAAACUGCACCGAAGUCGACGCCAACUACUGAAAGUGUGAAAAGUAGUUCGAAAAUGAGCAGCAAGAAGGGUCAACAGAAUGCCAAAAAGGUUUCUGAGACGUUGGGCAAGGUUAAGGACAAUCUGGGCCAGGUCGCCGAUGAGCUGGGUGCAACCAAAUUCGCCAAGCAAGCGGGUGAUUUCACAGCUCAGGCUGGUAAGGAAGCUGGUAAGGCUACACAACAGAUCGGUGCGGAAUUUUCAAAUUCUGAUGCUGCGCAUAAAAUUAGCCAGCUCAGGUCGGAGCUGCUGGAGGGUACAAUACUCGACUCUGCUAAAUUCAAACCCUAUCAGAAGCCAAGUGUCGCCGACAGGGAACGUAUAAUAAAAGGUGUGAAGCUCGACAAGCCCAUAGUAGAGGCUAAUACAGACGCUACGGGCAUGGUCAUGCACAAGGACAGUGUCUGGUUCUCCAAAUGGAAAGAAUUCAAAGAUAAUAAUCCUAUCACAAACCGUGCAUUCGAGUGGAAGAUGCACUAUGAUGAGAGUGAUAAUAUAUUUGUCCGAUCGAUGCGCUCUAUCACUGAUGUGGUGGCAGAUGGUCUCAGUGGCAUGUUCAAGGAGAGUGAAAUGAUUACUGUUUUGAGAGAGAUUUGCAAGCAAGAUCCUGAUUUCGAACGAGAGGAGUUCAUAGAGCAUGCCCACAAGUCUCUGAUUCCCGUUCUGCUGGAGUCUUAUUUCAAUCAAGACCUACAAACGUUGGAAGCGUGGUGCUCUGAGCCCACAUAUAACGUGCUAGCAAGUAACAUCAAACUGAAGAAGGAUGCUGGGCACACUGUAGACGUCAAAAUCUUGGACAUAAGAGACGUAGAUAUUUUCAACGCAAUGAUGAUGGAGCAAGGUCCAGUUUUGACCGUAACGUGUAUGGUGCAGCAGAUCACAGUGGAGAAGGAUAAGGCUGGCAAAGUAGUCGACGGCGAUCCUGAUGCUAUUGAGGAUGUGUUAUAUGCGUUUGCCUUUUGUCGGGAGGAGGGAACUUAUGGCAAGGCUGCUUGGCGCGUAAUGGACUUCGCCAUGCAUAUGAGACGUUCCACAUGGUAAAUCAAUAAAGCGAUACCUGCUAAAAUAGAAUCCGAGCAGAUUCCUGAGUGAUCUGCUACUUCAGGUAAAUUUGCAGUGAUCUGCCACUCAUGGCGAAUUUGCAGUGAUCUGCUACUCCUGGUGAAUUUGCAGUGAUCUGCUACUCCUGGUGAAUUUGCAGUGAUCUGCUACUCCUGGUGAACAUGUAACGUUCUGCUACUCCUGGCGAAUUCACAGUAUCAUGAUGAUGCACAACACAAUAUGCGAUUAUUAUAAGGUUAGGAAAUAAGGGUUAUAGUAUAGUAUGUUCAUGACAGGCACACACGGAUAAAGGCAGAAUUUACUGAAGCAAGAGCUCAACUAGAAAUUUAAUGCUCUAUAGAUAGCUCUAUCUCGCAAGUACUAAUAAAAACUAAUAACCGACGUAGAAUCUAUAUUCACCAGCAGUUCUGCUAUGCUAUUGCAUGGCCCAAUUUUCUCGCAAGUGUGCCAUCGUCUGACGUACGAUAUCCUCGGUAUAUGAUUGCGAGCAUCCAGUUAACCGAUGUCGAAGAGCAAUCUCAGCUUUAUCUAUGUAUGUGCGAGCGACAACAUUCUCCGUUGUUGAUCUCUGAUUUUUCAAUUUGGAUGAAGUAGUCGCGCCCGCUGCAUCUGCUAUAUCUC